GUAAUGUUGCUUGUAUUACGGUUAUGUAGGUUGUCCUCCGUUUUCGUAGCUGUUUGCAAGCCCGAACGAGGGGAACAGUCAGCUAGGCGACGCUCUAAACAGUGUUAGCCUGGAGUCAUGGUUAAUCAACAUACAUCACGUGUCUGUCGCUCUAUACUCGUGGCCUUUUCCGAAAUCACCGAUGCGGCUGCACUAGGCUCCAAAUCGAUAAAGCGAGCAGGCAUCGUCACCCGAUGGACCGCUCCCUUUACGCGAGCUUUAUCCUCGUCGGCAGCAGUAGCGGAGCCUAGUGGCUUUGGGCCCCUGCCAGCAUUGCCUACCCGGCGUGUGGUGGUUACUGGCAUCGGCUUGGUGACUCCGCUGGGAGUGGGCACCUCGGAGACGUGGCGGCGGUUGCUGGCUGGCGAGUCGGGGGUACGGCAGCUGCGGGAGGAUGACCUGCCCGAGCCCCAGCGCACGGCGCUGCCCUCGCUGCCCAGCCGCAUCGCCGGAGUGGUACCGCGGGAGCAGCUGGAGGAGGCGUGCAAGCAGCGGGGGCUGGCGGAGGAAACCCGCCGCUCCUCCCGCUUCAUUGUCCUAGCCCUGCUGGCGGCGGAGGAGGCCCUGGCGGACGCGCGCUGGCUGCCCACCCUGGCGGAUGCGGGGCCCGGUGGUGAGGCUGCCCGGCGCGGCACGGGUGUGGUGUUGGGCUGCGGCAUGAGCAGCACAUCAGAGGUGGCGGAGGCGGGGGCGCUGGUGACGGCGGGGCGCGGCAGGCGGGUGUCGCCGUACUUUGUGCCGCGCAUCCUGCCGAACAUGGCGGCGGGGGCCAUCAGCAUACGGCACGGGCUGCAGGGCCCCAACCAGGCCCCCUCCACCGCCUGCGCCACGGGGGGGCACGCGGUGGGGGACGCCUUCCGCCUCAUCCAGCGCGGGGAGGCCAACGUGGUGGUUGCUGGCGCCACGGAGUCGUGUGUGGACGCGGUGAGCCUGACGGGCUUCAGCCGCCUGAAGGCGCUGUCGUCCGCAUACAACGACCAGCCCACCAAGGCAUCCAGGCCCUUCGACGCGGCUCGCGACGGCUUCGUGAUGGGCGAGGGGUCGGGUGUGAUGGUGCUGGAGGAGCUGGAUCACGCGGUGGCUCGGGGGGCGGACAUCUACGCGGAGGUCCGCGGCUACGGCAUGUCGGGUGACGGGCACCACAUCACCCACCCGCACCCCGACGGCCGCGGCGCGCUGCUGUGCAUGCAGCGGGCGCUAGCGGGCUCGGGACUGACACCCGCCGACCUGUCGUACAUUAACGCGCAUGCCACAUCGACACCGACAGGUGAUGCCAUCGAGCAAGCUGCCAUCCUCUCCCUCCUCACCUCCACCACCAGCAGCAGCGCCCCCCCGGGUGCCGCCGCACCCCCCCAUGUGGCGGUCAGCAGCACCAAGGGCGCCACGGGGCACCUGCUGGGGGCGGCGGGCGCAGUGGAGGCGGCAAUCACGGUGCUGGCGUUGAGGCACAGGAGGGCGCCCCCCACACUCAACCUGGAGCGCCCCGAUCCCGCCCUGCUGCCGGGACUGGUGGGGCCCUGUGCGGCGGAGCUGCCCGGGGGGCGGCCCAUUGCGGCGCUGAGCAACUCGUUCGGCUUCGGAGGAACCAACACAAGCCUGCUGUUUGCAACGGUGGGCAGGGAGUGAUGACGACCAUGCGUCGUAGAAUUGUUAAUGCAGGGCUUUGUUGUUGAGGCAUUUCGUAGCAGGCCUACUUCGCACUGAGCUUGGGUUUGACGUUGCGGAGGCCGGGAGGGGCACACCGAGAUUCUGCGGAUUUCGGUUGCAGUAACCUCGGUUUGGAUUUUGUGAGUUACUAUGUGGUUAUAUGUGGUUAACCAGAUACACCGCUAUCUAUCUGCAACCCGCGAACCCGGCGACCGCGCCCAGCUGCAAGCGGGCAGGGCGUGUGUUGAGAGCAGGAGCAAGCGGAGGAUUGAAGUGCUAGCUGGAUUGGACUCCACGCACGCCUCAUCGUUGCCCCGUGUGGUCCUUCCCAUUCGCAUUAUUGCCAUGAGGUGCACGCCUCAUCAUUACCCUCGAAGGGGUCCUUCUCAUUCGCCCCAUUAGAGCCCCAUCGGUCUCGCCGGGACAUCCUGCCAUGCCAUGGGGUUUGAAGGGUCGUGGUCGCAUUGGUCGCUUUGCCGGUCUUGGAGAAGGAUUCAGAUGGAUGACGUCCCGAGGCACCCAGGCUUGGAGGCCGUGGAUAGUACCGGUGAAGUGAGGAGUGGACGGAGACGGAGGCGGCUGGGAUGGAAAGCCCCAUCAAUGGCUCCGCACAAUUGUAUCCUGUAGGAGGAGUUGCGCAAGGGUCAAUGUGAAGUUACGCUCUAGUCAUGGAUAGCGAUUUUGCGUAACCUAUCGCAGCAAAGUUCAAUAGUUGAUAUUAUCUACGGACACGCCUCUUCAAAUGUAUAACAGUUUGAGAGCAACUCGCAACUCGCAGUAACUUUACGCACCUGUGCCAUCAGCCAUUGCCAAGCGUCGGCUUCCUGUCGCGCCACUGAAGAACGAGCUGAAUACCGAGGCCCC